GUUGAGUUCACUUGCCUGAUAGUUCCAGUAUCAGAGGGACACGGCAGUGUGGCCCGCUCCAGGCUCUCCGCCGCUCCAGCCACUGCCACGAGCCCGUGCGCUCCCCGCAGCCGCCCCCGGCCCAGCCCCAGCGCCCGCGCCCGUCGCCGCCGCCCGCGGGGAGGAGGAUGGAGAUGCUCUGUGCCGUCAGGGUCCCCGCGCUGCUCCUCUGCCUGGGUUUCCAUCUUCUACAGGCAGUCCACAGUACAACUGUGAUUCCAUCAUGUAUCCCAGGAGAGUCCAACGAUAACUGCACAGCUUUAGUUCAGACAGAAGACGAUCCACGUGUGGCUCAAGUAUCAAUAACAAAGUGUAGCUAUGACAUGAAUGGUUACUGUUUGCAUGGACAGUGCAUCUACCUGGUGGACAUGAGUCAAAACUACUGCAGGUGUGAAGUGGGUUAUACUGGUGUCCGAUGUGAACACUUCUUUUUAACCGUCCACCAGCCUUUAAGCAGAGAAUAUGUGGCUUUGACCGUGAUUCUUAUUAUUUUGUUUCUUAUCAUCAUUGUCGGUUCCACAUAUUAUUUCUGCAGAUGGUACAGAAAUCGAAAAAGUAAAGAACCGAAGAAGGAAUAUGAGAGGGUUACCUUAGGGGAUCCAGAGUUGCCGCAAGUCUGA